AGGAGCCCGGGAAAUAUUGAAGAGAGACAACAACUAACUGCUCGCUUUGAAACUGUCAGCCACCAAACACCAAAAACACACGACAAUGUUUUYUAGAUCUUUUUGCUGCCAAUUUCAAAGCUUCCAUCUUUUACAAUUUUUCGCCCCGAUUUAAUUUGUUCCCCCUUUUUCCUCUCUCUUUUCUGAUUUCCCAAUUCCGCCAUGGCUCUGCUUCUUCAGCUUCAGCUUCAGUUUCAGCCAUGGCGUCUUCUUCUCUUCUUAUUUUUUCUCUCUGUUUCCCCUGUUUGUUAUUGCCAAUUCAGUCCCCCUCAAAAUAUCGAAACUUCCUACCCUUUAUUCCCAAUUAUUUCUCCCCCACCAUCGCCACUGCCGCCCUCCUCCUCACUCCACCAGCCGUCGCCGUCCACGUCGGCUAAGACCAUCGCGACGGCGGUGGCCGUCACUGCAGUGGGUGUGGCUCUGAUUUCGACGUUGUUCUUUUUCUUAAUCCAGAGAUAUCUGAUUAGAAGACGGAAAAAGGAGGUAGCUCCGGGUUCGGGUCCGGGUUUGGGUCCGGGGCCGGUGUCGCAGGCUGCAGUUUCUCAGACUCAGAGUGAAUUUUCGCGUCUUGAUGGGAAUCUUAAGGGAUUUAUUGUGGAUGAAAAUGGGUUGGAUGUGAUUUAUUGGAAAAGACUUGAGAGAAGGAAAUCCAAGAAUAGCUCUGAUCCGAGUAAUGGAAAUGGAGAAGGAGAAAAUGUUAAAGGAAAUCGGAGCAAAAAGUCAGAGCCUGUUCAAGAAAUUCCGCUGCUUCGAGGAAAGUCUUCGAGUUCACAUGUCAAAAUUGCACCGGAAGAGGAGGAGCCGACUCGGAUUGGGAUUACAUCUCCGCCGCCCCCUCCGCCGCCGCAACAGCCGCCCCAUAUUACCAAUCCUCCGCGAUUUACUGCGAAUUCUGUUCAGGCAGUUGGAAAACCAGCGAGUAGUUCAAUUCUUGCGUCCACACCGCCGCCGCAGCCGGCGGCGCCCCCGCCACAAUCUCUCUUGGCUGUUCCGCCACCACCGCUGCCGAUUCCAAUUCCGGCCAAGGCCAAUUCGAGACCACCACCACCGCCGCCUCCGAUUGCGGCCAAGACCAAUUCAAGACCGCCGCCGCCGCCCCCAAUUCCAGCCAAGACCAAUUCAGCUCCACCACCUCCUCCUCCGAUUCCAUCCAAGGGAAAUCCGGCAGCACCACCACCUCCGCCGCCCAAGGCCGGCGGUUCCAAAUUGCCGCUAAGGGCGACCGCAGCAGUUCCAAAAGGGGCCAAAUCGUCAGCAGAGUCGUCUUCAUCUACGGCAGCGGAUAAUGGUCAGGUUAAAAUGAAGCCUCUGCAUUGGGAUAAAGUGAACACUGCAAAUGCCGAUCAUUCCAUGGUUUGGGACAAAAUGAGCGCCGGUUCUUUCAAAUUUGAUGGGGAUCUUAUGGAAGCUCUGUUCGGAUACGUGGCGACCAACCGGAAAUCCCCCCGGAGUGAGGCUAAUUCUUCAGCAAACGCCGGCGGCCGGAACUCAGGGCCAGCGCAGAUCUUCAUUCUUGAACCCAAAAAGUCUCAGAACAUAGCCAUUGUAGUCAAGUCCUUAACCAUUCCACGCAACGAGAUCCUCGAUGCCCUCAACGAAGGCCAAGGCCUCGAAACAGAGAUUCUUGAAAAACUCGCCAGAAUUUCUCCGACCAAAGAAGAAAUUUCCCAAAUUCUUGCGUACAAUGGAGACCCCCAGAAGCUUGCUGAUGCCGAAUCCUUCCUUUUCCAUAUCCUCAAAUCGGUUCCAUCUGCGUUUACGCGCUUCAACGCCAUGCUUUUCCGAUUGAAUUACGGCUCGGAUAUCCUCCAUUUGAAGGAAUCUCUACAAACUCUGGAAUCGGCCUGCAAAGAGCUUAGAACUCGAGGGCUGUUUUUGAAACUGCUUGAAGCAAUCCUCAAAGCUGGGAAUCGCCUGAAUGCAGGAACUGCGAGAGGAAAUGCCAGAGCUUUCAAUCUUACAGCUCUUCGGAAGCUCUCUGAUGUUAGAAGCACUGACGGGAAAACCACAUUACUUCACUUUGUGGUGGAAGAAGUUAUAAGGGCAGAAGGGAAAAGGUGUGUCCUAAACAGGAACAAGAGCUUGAGCCGUAACAGCAGCCAUGGCAGCGACAACAGCUUCAGUAGCUCCGAAAAUUCUACUUCGAAGGAGGACAGAGUAAAGGAAUAUAUGAUGUUGGGAUUGCCAGUGGUGGGAGGUCUGAGUGCUGAGUUCUCUAAUGUAAAGAAAGCAGCCGGGAUCGAUUACGAGAGCUUCGCCAACUCCACCUCGUCUCUGAUAGGCCGCACCGCAGAAAUCCGGCAAAUUUUGGCUCAGAUUGGGAAUAAUGGAGGUGGGUUUGCAAAAGAAAUGAGAGGGUUUCAUGAAGCAGCAGAGGGUGAGCUGAAGGUGUUGAGGGAAGAACUGACGAAGGUGAUGGAGCUUGUGAAGAAGACAACAGAGUAUUAUCAGGCGGGAAGUUCAAAAGAUAAAGAAGCAAAUCGGCUUCAAUUAUUCAUCAUAGUUAAAGAUUUUCUAGAAAUGGUGGAUCGGGUGUGUGUUGAAAUUGCUCGAAAUCUCCAAAGGAGAAGAACAUCAGCAGUAAAUUUGGGUUCAUCACCGGGGAGAACGAAAGCCGUCUUCCCAAACUUGCCGGAAAAUUUUAUGUCAGACAAGUCCAGAGGCAAUUCUAGUGAUUCAGACAAUGAUUUCUGAGCAAACCUUAUUCGUAAAUGUUUUGCAUUGUUUGUUUUCUUGUUAAAUUAUUGUAUAUAAGAUUCGAAAUCAGGAACAGAGAUGUAACAAUAGAGCAUUUUUUUAAUGUACUUAAAACUGUUUAAUAGAAGCUAAAUCUUUCGUUUCCCA